AUGGACCACAUAGACGACAGGUUAACGAUAGAUGAGACACCGGAACCUUGUCCUUCAGAAGCUUUUGAUGAAGACGGAAAUGUGACUCGAGUGGACAAUCUUGUUUUCAUUGAUGGGGUGCUGGGACAGGGAGCCUUUGGAACGGUUCGAUUGGCACGCCGCAAGUUGAAUGAAUCCUCCACCGUUCUCCCUAGUCCUAAGGCACCUCCUCCGAAGACAACACCUCCUGCCAAUUCCAUCUUGAACAAUUCCUUUUUUGCACCUCCGACCUCAGCUGGGACGCCUUCCAAUAAUAGUACAAAACAAACUUCCGCAGAACCAUCAAAAGGCUUCGAAUCAAUAAAGCCACCAAAGUCACCAACACGCAAUUCUCGAAGACAUCAACGCACCAAGAGUCGGUCAGUCCCCUCUGGUGGUGAAUUGUUUGGCGGUGAUUUGUUUGGUGGACUUGACAAAAUGUUGCAAAUUACACCCAGCAACGGCAGCUCGAUGAGCAUUGGCCGGUCAUUUACCCAAUCGGGGAAAAAGACACCGUCGGUCGUGGGAAAUCUGGGGCUGUUCAUUCGCCAAAAGGCAUCCUUUGACAAUGAUGAGGAAGCCGAAGAGCUGGUAGCGGUCAAAAUAUUUUCCAAAUCCAUCCUCAAGCGGCGUCGUACCAUGGAACGUGACAAAUCAACUCGAAAAAUGAAAGUCAAAACGGCACUGCAGCAAGUGGAGCGGGAGAUUGCCUUGAUGAAGAAGUUGUCCCAUCCCAACAUUGUAACACUCUUGGAUGUUAUCGAUUCGCCCGGUAAUGACAUGUUGUACAUGGUGUUGGAAUACAUGCCGUUGGGAGAAAUUUUGACAUAUCAGAAUGACGGUACCUUUCGACGAAAGGAACCGAAAGCGGGUUGUACCAAGAAACAGAUUACAGGCCUUGUCGAUGGUCAUUUUGAUGAAGAACACGCCGCACUCUACUUUGUGGAUAUACUUCAUGGAUUGGCCUACUUGCAUCAACAUCACAUUUGUCACAGAGACUUGAAACCAGAAAACAUCUUACUGGAUUCCCGGGGAAUUGCCAAACUCGGAGACUUUGGAGUCUCGCACAUUUUUGAAAAGGAAUCCGAAGCCAUUUCCAAUCGGCGUCUAGAUGCGAGUUCACAUUCUCAUGAAAGCAGCGCCGAAUUCGUACUUCACCAAUUGGAAUCGCAUCCCCCCAACAAGCUUACAAGAAUGGAUACGGAUCAUGCCUUGGAAAUGUCUGGUCUAUCGGAUUUUGGAAUGCUGACCAAGACGGAAGGGACCUAUUGCUUUUGGAGUCCAGAAAUGUGCGAGGGGUCCAAGAAAUUCUCAGGUUAUGCGGCCGACAUGUGGGCUGCGGGUGUUUGUUUAUACAUUUUUGUCACGGGGAAGUUGCCGUUCUAUUCCGAAGUUCCAACCGAUUUGUUUGAAGCCAUUAGCGGAUGCCGAGUUAAUUUCAAAGCUUUGCAUCUAAGCGCGGACUUGAAGGAUUUGCUCUGCAAGUGCAUGGAACAGGAUCCUCAAAAACGAGCGGGAGUUGGUGACUGCUUGACGCAUCCCUUUCUGAAAAAGGCUCGAGAACAACGAAUUCGUCAAUUCUCCAGAGAAUUUGAAAUGUCUCGUCAACGCAAGAUUGUGCUAAAUGAAGAAGAUAUUCGAAUGGCAUUCCGAGUGGUGACAAACCUUCCGUCAGCUUUCAUGAAGUCAGCCAGUAAGACCAUCCAAAACCGUGCCAAAAAGCUGCAAGAAGCAUUCUCACAAGGAGCGAGCAGUGGUGACUCCAGUCAUGUACGGAAGCAUCGAUUGUUUAAUAAGCAGUCUUCUGUGGACUCUUCCCUCUUUUCUGCAGAAUCUGGAGAAGACCAUUCCAAUCAUGCAUUUGGAAGUAGCUUCAAGUCAAAGAUGAGCUUUGGUGAUGAUAGUCUCAGAAUACGGAAACUCUUUCACAAACAAACCUCUUCCAAUGGAUCGACAUCCUCUGGGAAUGGUGCAAACAAAACGAAAACGACUCGCGACGACGAGUCCUUGACGGACAGUCCCACCGUACGCCAAAAAAAUGCAAAAGGAUCCCCUCCAUCCCCCAAGGGUGGUCCAAAAGAAGCACUUCAAGGAGAAGUCCGAGUUAGGCAUGAUGUUCGUCGCAUGCCUUCGGGGAUUUCUUCGGCAGCCUCGAUUGACAGUUUUGAUAGUCUGCCUCCCAUAUUAAGCGAAGACGACGAGUUGAAUGUAUCUGAACACUCCCAGAUCAAAGUCAAAGAUGGGGUGUUGCGAUCGCAAUCGGAAGAAUUGUCAAAUUUGGCAAGAAGUGAAAGUGGGAUUAGUACCAUCACCAAGUCAAAGAAGACGAGUAAACGACGCAAAAUGAAGGAUGGCAAAGACGCCACCUGCAACAGUUCCUGUAUUAUUCAAUAA